AAGAAAGACAAUAAAGAUCUGUGUUCAGAGUCAUACUGAAUAGAGACUUCUGGACUCUAUAGAACCCACUGCCUCCUGAUGAAGUCCCUACUGUUCACCCUUGCAGUUUUUAUGCUCCUGGCCCAAUUGGUCUCAGGUAAUUUGUAUGUGAAAAGGUGUCUAAACGACAUUGGAAUUUGUAAGAAGACGUGCAAACCUGAAGAGGUGCGUUCAGAACAUGGUUGGGUAAUGUGCGGCAAACGUAAGGCAUGCUGUGUUCCAGCUGACAAACGUUCUGCUUAUCCUUCUUUCUGUGUCCGCUCAAAGACUACGAAAACUUCAACAGUAACAGCAAGAGCAACAGCAACAACAGCAACAACAGCAACAGCAGCAACACCUUUGAUGAUAUCUAAUGGUUUGAUAUCUUUGAUGACUACGAUGGCCGCUACCCCUGUUUCUCCCACUACUUGAACAUUCCAGCCUCUGUCUCCUGCUCUAGGAUCCCUGACUCAUUAAAGCAAAGAGGCUUA